UUUUAAUUUACGCUGUUAAUUGGCUAUAUUUUUAGUAAACGUUUUAAAUCCACGUCUGUAUCCGGCAUAUUAUUGCACACCAAAUUGAAACAACGCUGUCGAAUGAGUUGUUUUAAUUCUAAAUUGCAAUCUGUUUCAUUAACUUUAUUUCUUUAUUAUGUAGAAUCCACAUUCAUAAUGUAGGUUGUGUUUUAUUCUCUACAAUUAGAUGGGCCUAAUGUUUUCCACUACAGAGCCGUUCCACAGAUAAGCUGCGUUAUGGGACAGUGUUUCUGCAGUUUGAAAUUCUCUGAGAUUGACAUCUAUAUUAAAACCUAAAACACUGUAACUAUGAAUUAUACUGACUUUGUACACAUUCAUUCAAAUAGUGUAUUCCGAGAAACCUGCCUUCCAGUAAAAUCUUUUUAAAGAUGGUGUACACACAGUACUGCUGGGUACAGGAUUGUAAUUAAGGGAGGUUAUUUUCCUGAGCACGUCAAGUCUAUGACCAGCCUGCGGUGGCUGAAACUCAACAGGACUGGGCUCUGUUAUCUGCCAGAAGAGCUCGCCUCCCUCCAAAAACUGGAACAUUUAUCAGUAAGCCACAACAGCCUGACCACUCUACAUGGAGAGCUCUCCAGCCUUCCUUGUCUCAGGGCAAUUGUGGCCCGAGCAAACCACCUGAAGAACUCUGGAGUUCCAGAUGAUAUUUUCCAACUGGAUGACCUCUCUGUGCUGGAUUUGAGCUACAACCAGCUGACUGAGAUCCCCAGAGACCUAGAAAACUCUAAGACCAUGCUGGUACUAAACCUCAGUCACAACAGCAUUGACAACAUCGCAAACCAGCUGUUCAUCAACCUGACUGACUUGCUGUAUCUGGACCUGAGUGACAACAAGCUGGAAAGCCUGCCUCCGCAGAUGAGACGUCUGGUCCACCUGCAGACGCUCGUACUAAACAACAACCCCCUAAUGCACGCCCAGCUCAGACAGUUGCCUGCUAUGGUUGCACUCCACACCCUCCACUUGAGGAACACCCAGCGCACCCAAAGUAAUCUGCCAACGAGCCUCGAGGGGCUGACCAACCUAGCAGAUGUUGACCUGUCCUGCAAUGAUCUGAGCAGAGUCCCCGAGUGUCUGUACACUCUGUCCAGCCUGAAACGUCUGAAUUUGAGCAGCAACCAGAUUUCUGACCUCUCUCUGUGCAUUGACCAGUGGACUCAAAUGGAAACCCUUAACUUGUCUCGGAACCAGCUUACCUCUCUGCCUUCUGCUAUCUGUAAGCUAACCAAGCUGAAGAAGCUCUACAUGAACUCGAACAAGCUGGACUUUGAUGGGAUCCCAUCAGGGAUUGGCAAGUUGGUCAGCCUGGAGGAGUUCAUGGCAGCUAACAAUAACCUGGAGCUGGUUCCCGAGGGCCUGUGCAGGUGUGGCAAGCUAAAGAAAUUGGUUCUCAAUAAGAAUCGUCUCGUCACAAUGCCAGAAGCUGUUCAUUUUCUUACAGAUCUUGAGGUCCUAGAUGUGCGAGAGAAUCCAAAUCUGGUGAUGCCUCCUAAACCAGUGGACAAGACGGCUGAAUGGUACAAUAUUGACUUCUCCCUUCAAAACCAGCUCCGAUUGGCUGGGGCGUCUCCUGCCACAGUGGAAGCAGCUGGAGGAGGGAGCGCCAGCAGAGACCCUCUGGCCAGAAAGUUGCGUCUGCGGAGAAGGAAGGACUCGAGCCAGGACGACCAAGCCAAGCAGGUCCUGAAAGGCAUGUCCGACGUGGCACACGAUAAGAACAAAGCGAUAGAGGAGAAUGGGGAUAUGAAAUACACAGACCUGAAGACGCGGCGCUGGGACAAGAGCCUAGAGAAACCUCAGCUGAAUUAUUCAGAGUUCUUCACGGAGGACGUGGGCCAGAUCCCAGGACUCACCGUGUGGCAGAUUGAGAACUUUGUUCCGAUGCAGGUGGAGGAAGCAUUCCUGGGGAAAUUCUACGAAGCGGACUGUUACAUUGUACUGAAGACAUUCCUAGAUGAGACCAGCUCCUUGAACUGGCAGAUCUUUUACUGGAUUGGACAGGAGGCCACUAUGGAUAAGAAGGCUUGCUCGGCCAUCCACGCUGUCAAUCUGCGCAACUACCUGGGAGCAGAGUGCAGGACCAUCCGAGAGGAGAUGGGGGACGAGAGCGAGGAGUUCAGCGCGGUUUUUGACAGUGAGAUAUCAUACAUCGAAGGAGGAACGGCUAGUGGCUUCUUUACAGUGGAAGACACACAAUACAUCACCAGGCUAUAUCGCAUUUAUGGCAAAAAGAACAUAAAACUGGAAUCUGUUCCCCUGAAAGCUUCUUCCCUGGACCCACGCUUUGUGUUUCUUCUGGACAAUGGCCUGGAGAUUCUCAUUUGGAGGGGAGCUCAGGCCACUCUGAGCGGAAUGACAAAAGCCAGGCUGUUUGCUGAGAAGAUCAAUAAGAAUGAGCGGAAGGGGAAGUCUGAGAUCACGGUGCUGGUUCAGAACCAGGAGACCCCGGAGUUCUGGGAGCUCUUGGGAGGACAGCCGGAGGAAAUCAAGAAGCACGUACCUGAUGACUUCACACCCGUCCGACCUAAACUGUACAAGGUUGGUCUUGGCCUUGGCUACCUGGAGCUCCCUCAGAUUAACUACAAGCUGUCUGUGGAACACAAGAAGAGACCAAAGAUUGACCUUCUACCAGAGAUGAGACUGCUGCAGAGCCUCCUGGACACUAAGGCGGUGUAUAUUCUGGACUGCUGGUCGGACGUGUUCAUCUGGAUCGGACGCAAGUCCCCCAGGCUGGUCCGGGCAGCAGCUCUGAAGCUGGGGCAGGAGCUGUGCAGCAUGUUGCACCGGCCCAAGCAUGCCAUGGUCACCCGCAACCUGGAGGGAACCGAGUUUCAGGUGUUUAAAUCCAAGUUUAAGAACUGGGAUGACGUGCUGAAGGUGGAUUACACCAGGAACGCAGAGAAGGUGCUGCAGAAGGAGGGGCUGUCGGGGAAGGUUAAGAAGGACGCGGAGAAGAAAGACCAGAUGAAAGCAGACCUGACUGCAUUGUUCCUCCCUCGGCAGCCAGCCAUGCCUCUGACGGAGGCAGAGCCGCUAAUGGAAGAGUGGAAUGAGGACCUGGAUGGAAUGGAAGGUUUCGUUCUGGAAGGGAAGAAAUUUGCUCGCCUGCCCGAAGAAGAGUUUGGCCACUUCCAUGCUCAGGACUGUUACGUCUUCCUCUGCAGAUACUGGGUGCCGGUGGAGUAUGAGGAUGAUGAGAAGGCUGAGAAGAGGGGCGGGGAUGAUGAAGACAAGCAGCAGGAAGAGGAUUUCCAGUGCGUGGUGUAUUUCUGGCAGGGCCGGGAGGCUUCCAACAUGGGCUGGCUCACCUUCACUUUCAGUCUGCAGAAGAAAUUUGAGAGCCUCUUUCCUGGCAAGCUGGAAGUUGUACGAAUGACCCAGCAGCAGGAAAACCUGAAGUUCCUGUCUCAUUUCAAGAGGAAGUUCAUCAUUCACAAAGGAAAGAGAAAGCAGAGGGAUGACAGCGUGCAGCCCAGCCUGUACCACAUCCGGACGAACGGAAGUGCGCUCUGCACCAGGUGUAUCCAGAUCAGUACGGAUUCCACCUUCCUGAAUUCGGAGUUCUGCUUCAUCCUAAAAGUGCCAUUUGAGAGUACAGACAACCAAGGUAUCGUGUACACCUGGGUGGGCCGGGCUGCGGAUCCAGACGAGGCUAAGCUUGCUGAAGACAUCAUGAACAGCAUGUUUGAUGACACUUACAGCAAACAGGUGAUAAAUGAAGGAGAGGAGCCUGAGAAUUUCUUCUGGGUCGGCAUUGGAGCACAGAAACCUUAUGAUGAGGAUGCAGACUACAUGAAAUACGCAAGACUCUUCAGGUGUUCCAAUGAGAAGGGAUAUUUCUCUGUAUCUGAGAAGUGUUCUGAUUUCUGUCAAGAUGACCUCGCGGAUGACGACAUCAUGCUUUUAGACAAUGGGAAAGAGGUUUACAUGUGGGUUGGGACUCAGACCAGUCAAGUGGAGAUUAAACUGAGUCUGAAAGCUUGUCAGGUUUACAUCCAGCACAUGCGAGCCAAGGACUCGGAGCACCCCAGGAAGCUGAGGCUGGUGCGCAAGGGGAACGAGCCUCACAAUUUCACCCGCUGCUUCCAUGCCUGGAGUGUCUUCAGGAAACCCCCUGCGUAAGCGCUUUAACAUAGUUCACAGGGAUGCUCUGUGCUGGAGAGGCUUGAUCUCUGUUUUACCAGGUUUGACUGGACAGAAUGUAGGCAGACCUAAUCGGUUUACUCCUCCAGCCAUAGUGCAGCAUUACAUAGCUACAAAUAAAAUACAAACGAAGUACAGUACAGGCCUUGCAACCCUGAAAUGCUGGAAAAGAGGAUAAGAUUUAUUUUAAUUACAUGAAAGAAGAAUGCAUUUUACCCAAUUCGAAUACUUCCAAGCUAAAAAAAAUAAUUAAUUUAUACUUGGAAGAAGACAUUUUCUAUUUUUGCAUCCUCCUAACCAUAUCUUCUCCUGUUUUUUUAAAUGGAAACUAUCUAAUUGGGGUAUUGUGUGCAGAGGAAAUGAAAUACUGCACCACUACGGUUACAGAGAAUUUUCCUUGACUGUAUUUUACACUUUAAGAAGUACUUCUGUCCUAAUGCAUGAUAAUUUAUGUAGACUACAGUAUAUCUAUCUUAUGCAUUUCAGCCACCCAUUUACACCAUUGUUUCCAGAUGUAUUUAAAUUAUAUACUGUACAUGUAAGACCCAGUAAAUGUUAAUGGGUCUGUGUUUUAAAAUGCAGUAUUGUUUUGUGAAAUAUUAAAGUCCUGGUUUUAAAGAAGCUGCAUCUUGUUCUACUCAGAGAUGUCCUUCAACAUAAAAUAAUUGCAACAGAAAAAGCUUACACUUGGGAGCUAAAUAAUAAAGUCCAUUAGGUGGAAGCACAACUUGCUGUACAUAAAUAACCUAUUUAUUUAACAAUUGCUAUUCCAAGGCUUCUGUUUAUUUUUAUAAAUUUACAUCAUUUAGAAGUGGCUGUAUCCACCUUUUUAGUCCAGUAUUGAUUGAAAUGUAAUUGUUAUAUUAAACUGUUACUAAAACAUUGUUUCUGUAUACUGUGCCAACUUCCCAGCCCACAGAAUUGUGGUUGAGCUGUGCUUGAUCACGCUUGUGCCAGUUUGACCACAUCAGCGUGCAGCUCAUCACUGUUAUUAAAUUACCAAAGUUUUAUUUUAAAGAUGGUUGAUUUCAUGUAUUGUUUUUACUGCUCGCAGUAGACCUGAAUGGGUAGCUGUUCUUUUAUACCCUCCUCACCACUAAAGGUCCUGUUUGGUUUUGUGUUGCUUUCUUAUUCGUGGUAAGCACCUUUUUUAAAAAGCAGAACUACUGAAAGAGCCGGUAUCGAUUUUUUUUUUCUAGGCAGGGAUUGCUGUAGCCGUUGCAAAGUCAAACAGACCAUGUCUUUUAUAAAGAAUUGUCUGAUAAUUCAGUAAAAGGCUCUUGGAUUUCAAGCUGUAGAAUUAAAUCAUACACCUACUGUCUUCACAUUUGAUAUAAAUUGCAAUCAUUAAAAGUACUUCCUGUACCUGAACACUAUCUUUCUAAACAAGGAGUAAUUUAAUAUGAAUGCUUCAUAUAGUAAAUCAAAGUUCAUAGGUAAUUGCUACAGCAGUUUAUAGAAUGUGGAUGGGCUGUUCUCUGUACAGUUAAAUUAGUAAAGCACCUAUCUGAGCCUAUAACAUAAUGCUGAGGUAUUGGUAUGUAUGAGCUCUGCAAUAAGCAAUGCCAUUCUGAGGUGGUACCACGUUAUUAUUAUUAUUAUUAUGGGUUUUUAAAUCUCCUGUGUUCUUUUGAACUUUUUAUUUUCCUUGCGAAGAGUUUUUGUGCUGAUCAAGGCACCCUCUCACAUGUUCAAAAUGAAACAUGCAUGUGGAUUUUGUCUCGGUGUGUGAUUUGUCCACGGUAUCUGAAUGUGUUUGUUUUCCUAGUGCUGUAGCAGCUUGUUUGCACUUGCCUAUUCUGCAUUAUUACUGAAAAUAAGGAAGAAAGUACCUGUAAUUAUGAUUUUUGUAUUUCAAUAAAAUUGCACAUUACAUUUA